CGAGCUAGCGAGAGCGCGCCAUCGAAGCAUACUGUCCCAUCAACCUCCGCCCCUCAGACAUGCCACUGUCAGACUGUGCCUUUCACUGCUAAACCUCUUAAAACAGAGGACACCUCGCCGAAAUAUCAUCCGAGCGUCGGUGUGUGUAAAUGUGGUUGCGAUAAACGACAGCACUUCCGCGCUUCACAGGAUCUGUUUGCUGGUGUAUGUAUGGGAGUGAAGCAGGGAGCGCAAGGAGUGAAAGAGGAGGUUUGAUUCGUCUAGAGGCACUCUGUGGGAGGAGCCAUGACUGAGGGGGAGGGCCAGUUCUACAGCGUGCAGGUGGGCGACUCCACCUUUACGGUUCUCAGGAGGUACCAGCAGCUCCGGGCUAUCGGAUCUGGUGCCCAGGGUAUCGUCUGCUCCGCUCUGGACACAGCCUUUGGCAUCCCAGUUGCCGUGAAGAAACUAAGCCGGCCGUUUCAGAACCAGACCCAUGCCAAACGGGCCUACAGAGAGCUGGUUUUGCUGAAAUGUGUUAAUCACAAGAACAUCAUCCGUUUGCUCAAUGUCUUUACACCUCAGAAGUCACUGGAAGAGUUCGAGGAUUUGUACUUGGUGAUGGAGCUGAUGGAUGCCAGUCUUUGUCAGGUGAUCCAUAUGGACCUGGACCACGAGAGGAUGUCCUACCUGCUCUACCAGAUCUUAUGCGGCAUCAGACAUCUACACUCCGCUGGUAUCAUUCACCGGGACCUGAAACCCAGUAACAUAGUAGUGAAGUCCGAUUGCACUUUAAAGAUCUUAGACUUUGGUUUGGCCAGAACCGCCUGCACUAACUUCAUGAUGACUCCCUAUGUAGUGACCAGAUACUACAGAGCACCGGAGGUCAUCCUGGGCAUGAAGUACAUGGAGAAUGUUGAUAUCUGGUCGGUGGGCUGCAUAAUGGGUGAGAUGGUCAAAGGGAGCGUCAUAUUUCAGGGCACUGAUCACAUUGACCAGUGGAAUAAGGUCAUUGAGAUACUAGGAACUCCUCCUCCAGAGUUUAUGAAUCGUUUGAUGGAAACCGUCAGGAACUAUGUGAUGAACAAACCCCAGUUUCCCGGAGUCUGUUUUAAUGAGCUGUUUCCCGAUUGGGCGUUUCCUUCAGAGACAGAGCACGAUAAGAUCAAGACUAGUCAAGCACGGGACCUGUUGUCCAAGAUGCUAGUUAUCGACCCUGAAAGUCGUAUCUCCGUGCAGGAGGCCCUCGAUCACCCCUACAUCCACGUGUGGUACGACCCAGCCGAGGCUGAUGCGCCUCCUCCACAGAUAUCAGAUAAGCAGUUGGAAGAGAGAGAACACAGCAUCGACCAAUGGAAAGAGCUGAUUUAUAAAGAGGUGAUGGACUGGGAGGAGAGGAACAAGAAUGGAGUGUUGAAAGACGAAUGUUUAGACGGUACAAUGAACAGCAGCUCCACAGCCUCCCAGUCCUCCUCCAUCAAUGACUUCUCAUCCAUGUCAACGGAGCAGACGUUGGCCUCGGACACAGACAGCUCCUGCAUCGACACUCUCACUGGAGCGUUAGAGGAGUGACGGCGAGGUUCCUCCUCCACUCAUCUCCUUGCAUACACCACAACCCUCUUGAUCAUGUGUGUGGGCCAUGCCGUGGUCUUGACUGAAGAUAUCUGGGGGUGCAUGUACAAGUGGCUUCAAGUUUACACUCUUUACCCUUUACUCCUGCUUUUAAUGGGAUUGCAUUUUAUCUCACCUGACAAAAACCCAGCGAAAGGUUUCAUUACAAACCACCGUUAAAAUUAUUCGUUAGUUGUCCGUUUAACUCCAGUAUUCUUUUAGAUCUUUUUUUAAAUAUAACUCCCUUUCUGAAUGGACAGGAAGUGCAAUCACAUUUCAGUGCCGUCUUUAGUCGUGUAACCUAUUUCAAGAGCAUGCAACAGAUCUAGAUUUAUCCUUUAGUCAUUUAUGUCCUCUUUCUCCUUCACUCUCUCGCUCUCUUUGAUGUAGCUUUUAUUGCCUUUCAUUUCAUCACCCAAAAGAAGCACAGAUAUAAAUUCACAGACAUUUAUAGCUAGGCAGUCCCUCUGGAACAAGUUCUUGUCACACAAGUAUUGCUGCAUGCUAAUGCUGAACACUUACUAGUGUAACUACAGAUCACCGACGUAUGCCACGCUAGACCUAGACACAACAGUAGCGUCUGCCUCUGACUGUAUGUAAUCACCAUCCAAUGCUUUAAACAACUCAACUGUGCAUUUCAAAUGGUUAGGGUGUAGUCAUAUGUACAUAUACGUAUAUAGUUUUAGUGUAAAUGUUCUUAUUGUCUUUUACAAAUAAUAUGGAUGUUGAUUUAAGGAAAAUUGCACAUGAGCGGAUAUCAAAACGAAUCCUAAUCUGUAAGAGUGAGCAGCGGAUGUAAUGUUAUUCCUGCUCCUUACCAUUCCAAAAGUAAUGAAUCACCGCCCGCUGGCACGUUCACGACGCAUCACCUAAGAUUGUACGUUUAAUUGCAUGAGCUAAUGCAAACCAUUGCCUUUAUAACCUCCUCAAACUUGAAAAGCCCGCAAGAAUGUUGUACGAAGCGAAUUUAUUGUUUUGAAAUAUGAAUGUCCUCUCAGACUCAUUUUAAUGUUAAUGUGGAUUAUCAAGGACAUAUUUUUUUAUCUGUUUUUGCCUUUGGUUACGUGCUUGUGCUUGACUUUUUGGUCAACAACAUGCCAUAGCCAAACCAUGUGCGUCUGGUCAGUAUAGCAGGUCCACAUUGAACCUGUGCCUGCAGAAACACUAGUCAUUCAUUAUGUUGUACACAUCAUGGGGUCAUUUAUUAAAUAUUUGGCUAAUUUGUAGUGGUCAUCCGAUUAGUUGACCCUUCGUCCACAAAACUGAAAUUGAAAUUGAGAUUUAUACAUAAUCUGAAAUUUAUUAUAAAUAUUAUAGGCUUUGUAUUGUGUGGUUGUUAGGACCGGCUAAUAUUUGGCCGAGAUCCAACUAUUUGAAAAUUUGGAAUAUGAGGGUGCUAAAAAUCUCAAUAUUGAGAAAAUCGCCUUUAAAGUUGUCCAAAUGAAAAGACAUUACUAAUAAUACAAUAAUUUUUUUAUAGAUUUUACGAUAGGAAAUUUACAAAAUAUCUUCAUGUAACACGAUCUUUACUUAAUAUCCUAAGGAUUUUUGGAAUAAUUUUUUAAUUUUGACCAAUACAACGUAUUAUUGACUAUUAUUACAAAUGAAGAGUUUGGUUCCAAAAUGAGAUAACCUCCGUUUUUAAAAUUGUUCAAAACAUUUUUGAUUGUGCAUUCGAAUUAAUAUCAAUCAAACUGCAGUUGGUUUGUUUGAAUUUAAGCCUUCAUAACUAAUAAAUAUGGCUAAGUAGCACCAUAAAACAAAAUAAUUACAUGUUAACAUGAUAAUAAACAUGUUUUGAGAAAAAUUUUAAAAACGGUUUUGGAACCAAACUCUUCAAAUAUACUUAUAACCAGUGUUGGGGGUAACGCAUUACAAGUAACGCGCACUACGUAAUAAUAUUACUUUUCUGAAGUAACGAGUAAAGUAACACAUUACUUUAUAAAUGUACACAUUCAUAUUUGAGUUACUUUUUAAAAAAAGUAAUGGAAGUUACUUUUCAGUUUAUUUAAUUUGAUUUAUAAAUUAAAUAAUGUACUGAAUUAAACUGAACAUAUUAACGUAGAAUUACGCUCUCUAUGCGCCUGAGCGGGAACAGUUUGAGUCAGAAACGGAGAUGGCAGGCCAGAGCUUGACAUUUUUGCGAUCAUAAAAACACCUACAAGGCCUGAAAGAGAUCAAACGUCAGAAAAAGUAAGGAAAAGUAACUUAAAAGUAACGUAAGCAUUACUUUCCAUGAAAAGUAACUAAGUAAUGCAAUUACUUACUUUUUUGGGGAGUAACUUAAUAUUGUAAUGCAUUACUUUUAAAAGUAACUUUCCCCAACACUGCUUAUAACUGGUUUUGUGGUCCAGGGUAAAAAAGGCUUUUUUUAAUGGCCGAUGCCAAUGUUGAGAAGCAAUGCGGCCGAUUGUUACGCAUAUGUAAUUACAGUAAAUGAGUGACAAAACAGAAAAUUGAUUAAGUAAAAUAAACAUUAUGAAUAACAAUAAACAAGCCAAUAUCGGCCGAUAUACAAGGGACUGAUAUAUAUCGGCCUAUCACGACUUAUUCGAUUAUCCUUUCAGCUUCAAAUAAUUAUGUAGUUGUAAACAAAGUCUUUUAACACACUCCCGUUUAACAAAAAAAUAAAAAUAGCAGGUUCCAUCUGGGCCUGUUCAUUAUCACAAGACAAUAGCAUGUGACGUGAGUGCCUUUCAAUGUUAAUGAAUUUUACAGUCUUUAACACUGAGAGGUAGUCACAAAUUACAUUGUCAUCAAGUUUUCAUUCUGUCUAGUGUCAUUUUAAAUGUUUCCCAUAAGUCUUUCUAUUCAUUGUUAUGUCUGGAUUCAUUGUUAUGUCUGGAAACACAAUCCCUUCAUCCCAUGACAUCUCGGAAAACUGUGCCACUUUCUGGCUUAAGAAGAUACAUGGAGGAUGAUGUGUAUUUUCGAGUUUGUAUACCUCCAAGCUCUGGCCUUGGAUUGAAUAAGAAAAAAUGUCCGACUGGUCCUUUGUUGAUGGACAGGACAGCCGGAUAAACUUUCCAUCACAUUCAUGCCUUAAUCUCUUCACUAACACCACUGCAGCUUGGCAAGAUGAUCAAACAAAUGAUGGUAAUGGACCACAAUCAUGUUUGGGUUUUGCCUUGACAGGCCGGAUUUUUUGCUAAGGUUUUCUAUGAAUGGAGAUAAAGAUGAGUUACAUUUCUCAAUCACCUUGACUUAUUUGGUGCUUCAUCUUACAGUGAUAUGUAUUUUAGUAACGCAUCUUUUGUAUUUAAGUCUCUAUCAUGAUUGAUUUUUAUCAUGAACACAAGUGAUUGUCACUAACAAUGGACCUGACUCGCACUUUCUCAAGGGCUAACUUUCUCUUCCUUCAAUGUCUGUUUCCCUUGGGGGUGAGAGAGAGUGUGUCUGAAAAAUAAUGCGUGUUUGUCACUGACAAUCCUUCAUCAGAGGUGAAUCAGUAAUGACUUGAAAAGUAAUUACUUUAUAGACUUCCAACAUUCGCGUACUAUCUUCCUGAAGUUCUCAUGGUCAUCUUCAAUGAAAUCCUGUUAUAGGAAUAGUUAUCUAACUGCAGUGUGCUAGUAUUGUCUGUUUAGCUUUCUUGUGUUUUGUAUUGUGCUACAUAUGGUACCCUGUCAGUGGGCUAUGAUGGGAGCCACCAUUUCACAAAUGUGUCUGAAACAUAUGCAAAAACUUCAAUGAGAUCCUCUAGAGUAAUAGAGAUUCUUUUUUCUGUGUGAAAGAGUUAAACCUCUGUUACAACUGGCCAAAUAAAAUACUCAAAUUAAA